CGCGGUUUUUGGUCACGUGACGAAUUUCGCGCGAAAACUCAGUGCUCGCGGGAGAAGCCAGUCGCGAGUCGAGCAACACUCAAACGAGGACGCAAGACAAUGGCGGAUUCAUCAGAGUCGUUUCACAUGGCCACCAGCCCCGGUCCCACCUCCAGACGGGGUGAUCUGACCUCCAGCCCGGGCAGAGACCUCCCCCCGUUUGAAGAUGAGGGUUCUGAGGGGCUACUGGGAGAUAACAUUCCUGAUGAGGAAGAUGGAGAUGGCGAAGAGCUGAUUGGAGAUGCGAUGGAAAGAGACUACCGCGCAAUCCCAGAGCUGGACCGUUACGAAGUGGAGGGUCUGGAUGAAGAUGAAGAUCUCAGCGAGCUGUCUCCGGGCGCUCGGGCGGCGGCAGAAGAGGCCAUGAGACGACGGGACAGAGUAGAGGGCAUGGGACGGAUUGGACGUGGUCUGCUUUACGACAGUGAAGAUGAAGACGAUUCGCGGCCCACUAAGAGACAGCGUCGUUUGGCGGAGAUCGCUGCCGAAGGCAUCGGGGCGGAGGGUGAAGACGAAGAGAUGAUCGAAAGCAUUGAGAACCUGGAGGACAUGAAGGGUCACACAGUCAGAGAGUGGGUGUCAAUGGCCGCACCGCGACUGGAGAUCUACCACCGCUUCAAAAACUUUCUGCGCACACAUGUGGACGAGCAUGGACACAACGUCUUCAAGGAGCGCAUUAGCGACAUGUGCAAGGAAAAUAAGGAGAGCUUGCUGGCGAACUACGAGGAGUUGGCAUCCAGAGAGCACGUUCUGGCAUAUUUCUUGCCGGAAGCACCUUCAGAAAUGCUGAAGAUCUUCGAUGAGGCGGCGAGAGAAGUCGUGCUGGCCAUGUACCCCAAAUACGACCGAAUCGCACAUGAAAUUCACGUCCGUAUCGGAAACCUGCCGCUGGUGGAAGAACUCCGAUCGCUCAGGCAGCUUCACUUGAAUCAGUUGAUUCGCACCAGCGGGGUGGUGACCAGAUGUACUGGAGUUCUGCCUCAGCUGGGUAUGGUGAAGUACAACUGUAACAAGUGUAACUUCAUAUUGGGUCCGUUCUUCCAGUCCCAGAACCAGGAGGUGAAGCCGGGCUCCUGUCCUGAGUGUCAGUCCCUCGGCCCGUUCGACAUCAACAUGGAACAGACCGUGUACCAGAACUACCAGCGUAUCACGAUACAGGAGAGUCCUGGGAAAGUCGCUGCCGGCCGUCUGCCUCGAUCUAAAGAUGCCAUCCUGCUUGCCGACUUGGUGGACACCUGCAAACCUGGAGAUGAAAUUGAGCUGACUGGGAUCUACCACAAUAAUUAUGAUGGCUCCCUCAACAUGGCCAAUGGCUUCCCGGUGUUUGCCACGGUGAUCAUGGCCAAUCACAUCUCUCGUAAGGAUGAGGGCGUGGCCGUGGCAGAGCUCACGGAUGAAGACGUGAAAGCCAUUGUAGCUCUAUCCAAAGAUGAGCGCAUUGGUGAAAGAAUUUUUGCCAGUAUUGGUCCAUCCAUCUAUGGGCAUGAGGACAUUAAACGUGGUCUGGCUCUUGCUUUGUUUGGCGGCGAGGCCAAGAAUCCAGGUGGAAAGCACAAAGUGCGUGGAGACAUCAACAUGCUCCUGUGUGGAGAUCCGGGCACAGCGAAGUCUCAGUUCCUGAAGUACAUAGAGAAAGUGGCGAGCCGGGCGGUUUUCACCACGGGUCAGGGCGCAUCCGCCGUGGGUCUGACCGCUUACGUGCAGCGUCACCCGGUGACCAGGGAGUGGACGCUGGAGGCUGGAGCUCUGGUCUUGGCGGACAGAGGAGUGUGUCUCAUCGAUGAGUUUGAUAAGAUGAAUGACCAGGACAGGACCAGCAUCCAUGAAGCCAUGGAACAGCAGAGUAUCUCCAUUUCUAAAGCUGGGAUAGUCACAUCAUUACAGGCUCGCUGUACCAUCAUCGCAGCUGCCAAUCCUAUCGGUGGACGAUAUGACCCGUCCCUCACCUUCUCUGAAAAUGUGGACCUGACCGAGCCCAUCAUUUCUCGAUUCGAUGUUUUGUGCGUCGUGAGAGACACUGUGGAUCCUGUGCAGGAUGAGAUGCUGGCGCGCUUCGUGGUGGGCAGUCACAUCAAACAUCAUCCCAGCAACAAAGAAGGGGGCAUGGCCGGUCUUGAAGAAGUGGUGCUGCCCAACACGUCGGAUGCCCCGCCCAUUCCUCAAGAGCUGCUCAGGAAGUACAUCAUGUACUCAAAAGAGCGUGUGCGGCCCAAACUCAAUCAGAUGGACCAGGACAAGGUUGCCCGAAUUUACAGUGAACUUCGAAAAGAGUCCAUGGCCACAGGGAGUAUCCCAAUUACCGUGCGUCAUAUAGAAUCUAUGAUCCGCAUGGCGGAGGCACACGCUCGCAUGCACCUGCGGGACUACGUGCAGGAGGAUGACGUCAAUAUGGCCAUCCGUGUGAUGCUGGAGAGUUUCAUCGACACGCAGAAGUUCAGUGUAAUGAGGAGUAUGAGAAAGACGUUUGCACGGUAUCUGGCGUUCAGACGGGACAACAAUGAGCUGCUGCUGUUCAUCUUAAAGCAGCUCAUUUCAGAGCAGGUGGCGUAUCAGCGCAACCGUUAUGGAGCGCAGCAGGACAACAUUGAGAUCGCCGAGAAGGACCUAGUGGACAAGGCCCGACAGAUUAACAUCCACAGCCUGUCCACGUUUUACGACAGCGAGCUGUUCCGCUCCAACAAAUUCUCCCAUGAUGCCAAGAAAAAGCUCAUCGUUCAGCAGUUCUAGGCCAGCGUUUAUGAGUUGUUUGCAAACACAAGAAGUUGUCUAGAAUCUCCUAGACUUGUAUAUAAUAACAAGAUGUUGUUGGACCAGUUUUGACAGGAAUUGAGUAGAGUUGAACAUUUAUGAACUUAAUACAGUAGUCUUUGCGGUUGUAGUGGUCUACUGUCUGUCGUAUUGGCUGCUUGAAGUUACGUGAGAAGGGUUCUUGAACUUUUUCCGGAUGUUGUAAAAAAUCUAUUUUGUAAUAUUUUUGUUCUGAAUAAUAAACUAAAGCUUUUGUAUGUAA